GAGAAGCAUAAGUUCGAGUUUGAGAUCGAGUCCUGGGUCAAGCGUUAUGAUACAGAUAUGAACGACAAAAUGGUAGGCACGACAAAAUAACAAGUUCAGUGAGUUACUUGUGAUGCCAUCAAAUGAUACAGAUAUGAACGACACAUUGGUAGAUACGACUAAAUAACAAGUUCAGUGAGUUACUUGUGAUGCCAUCAAAUGAUACAGAUAUGAACGACACAUUGGUAGAUACGACUAAAUAACAAGUUCAGUGAGUUACUUGUUGAUUGAAUCAAAUGAUACAGAUAUGAACGACACAAUGGUAGGUACGACUAAAUAACAAGUUCAUUGAGUUACUUGUUGAUUGCAUCAAAUGAUACAGAUAUGAACGACACAAUGGUAGGUACGACUAAAUAACAAGUUCAUUGAGUUACUUGUUGAUUGCAUCAAAUGAUACAGAUAUGAACGACACAAUGGUAGGUACGACUAAAUAACAAGUUCAUUGAGUUACUUGUUGAUUGCAUCAAAUGUGCUCUAGUUUACUUUUCAUAGUAGUUGAAACAGAUUCAAUACAAACAAAGCAGCCCACCAAUCCCAGAACAAAAAAAUUAGUUAAAACACUACCACCGAGUCAUUACUAUUGUGAGUUUGUCACUAACAUGGUUUGACAGGAUCUAUUUGUCAAUAACAUUGUUUGAUAGGAUGAGUGUGUCACUAACAUGGUUUAAGAUAAGCUUGUCACUGAAGUUGAUUGAAAUGAUAAGUACGUCACUGACUUUGUUUGGUAGGAUGAGUUCCAACGUCUCGAGAUCACCUACGAAGAUGAGAGGAAACUCCUGUCUGAGAUGGAGGACAGGUUCGCUGAGCUGGAGGCGGAGUACAACAACCUCAUGCAGGAGCGACUUGUGGCGCGCAGGAGACAGGAAUGGGCGGAGCGGGACAAGAAGGCCUUGAUCAAGUACAUCACCGUCAUCCAGUCCUUCUGGAGGGGUUACACCGUCAGGAAGAACAUCAAGAAGGAUGAGAAGAGGCGAAUCAAGGAGGAGAAAAGGAAAGAGAAGGAGCUGAAAGAGCAGGAGAGAAAGGCCAAACUGGCCGCAGGAAAGGAAUAGCAAUGGUGGAGUCAAGGGGAGCAACUCUAGCUGAGGGGGAGUAGCUCUGUUUAAGGGAAGUAACUCUGUUUAAGGCUAGUGACAAUUUUAGACUGAACUGACUAGUAGAAUACAUUUUUGGAGG